AUGUCCAAGGUCCCUCUCACAACAUAUAUUGAGCAAUUGAAGGCCUUGGACGGACUCCUUAAGAUCAACGGGAAGCCACAACAUCUGCACAUUGUUGGCGACGAGCUUUACUGGCUUGAAGGGACCGAGCAGACGUUGUACGCCGUCAGUCUCCUGGAUAGUGAUGCGACUUCAAGGCGUGUCAUUGCGUCUCAGGAGGGUGCGGGGGAUGCAAGCGCACCCAAUACACCUCAACUCAAGUCCAAGGAGGAAGAGUUGCUCCGCGAACGGCUCCGCCGUCAUGUGACUGGCAUCACUAACUAUCACAUCACCCCCUCCGAUGGUACAGUGUUUUACACCGCUGGUACGAAUACUUUUUUGUACCGCCCUUCCAUGUCCAGGCAUCCUUUAAAUAUAUUUGAUUACAUCAACGAGGAGACACGUCAGCGCUACUUUGCUGAUAAGAAGAAGCCGUUUCUCUGCGUCCAGCACCUUAAACGAUUUUCACAGCCUGAGUUUGCCGGGGUGGCUACAGCGCAGUCGCUCAAUGUUUUCAGCUUUGUGUACGGAAGCAAUGUGUACAUUGCGACUGUUGUGGAGCAGAGUGAUACGGAGGCAGCUCCCCUCCAUGUCGAUGUGGAGUGCGUAACCACUUUUGGAGAUUCGUUACAUGAGUGUGGAACAGCUGAUUACAUCAUGCAAGAAGAGUUUAGUCGCUACACAGGUCACUACGCGACGGAGAAGUAUGUUAUAUUCAGCUACACAGAUACAUCUAUGCUGCAAGACGUCUCCCUCAUUGACGGCACUUCCAAAUCUGGUGUGGAGAAGAUGCCGUACGCCUGGGUUGGAGGCCCCAAUGCGCAUACGCUGCUUGUGGUGUACGAACGGAAAACGAAAUGCUUUCGUGUGGUACCGGAGAAAUCCAUCGCUGCCGUGGCACCGUGGGCAGAGUACAUACCACGCUUUGGAUUCAAGGACGCUGAUACGAUUUACUUCUCCUUGCUCAGCCGGACACAGGAACGGUAUUGUGUCUUGUCAUGCUGCAUAGAGACGCUACCGCUGGUGGACAUCACUGAGCUCUCCUCGUUUUUUACCACGGAUGCUGCCACGUGUGGUGCAAUGGAAACAAUGGUCAUGUUUAAUACCGAGUGGGAAGAGCACAUCCCAUGGGCGUGGGUGGAGGUGCCGCGGGGUCCCCCAAUUCUUUUUGGAGCGACCCAUGACAUUCUCCUUCGCCACGCCGUCGAAACAGAGACGGCGCAUUUCCACUUGUACAUUCGGGAUCUGACUUCUGACGACAAGAAGUGGCGUGCACUGACACAAGGCAAGUGGAACGUCAAACCUGACAGAAUCUCGGUGCUGCAAGACCAUGUGGUCUUUAUGGCAAACGCAGACAGCAGGCUUGGUAGUCUCCUCUACAGUGUUCCCCUGGGGACUUCCUCCACAGAAGCCGCAACAGCGGCGCAGCUUACCCGAUUAUCACCACUACACGAACACGUGUACACCUACACAGUGGCGAACGGCUGCGUCUGUUAUGUUGCAAGCACGGCGACGACACCACCCGAGCUCUACAUCGCCUCGCUGGCGUAUCCCGAAUCACGGCGUCGAGUUGCAACAUAUAUGCAUGGUGACAGAGAGGAAAAACAAGGUGGUGAAAAUAAAGAUACAGCAGUUUCGUUUCUACGGAAUGAAAACCUAAUAAAAACAGAACUCGUCACCACCGUCAGCCGACGAGGCGUGCCACUCAGUGGUCGAUUGUUCAUUUCUCCGGCUGUAAUCCCAGGCACACCGGCUCCGCUAGCCAUUUACGUCUACGGAGGACCACACGUACAGUUGGUGUACGAACAGGACUACACCAUCCUCUGCAAGCCACUUUUUCAGCUGCUGGCAAAGAGCGGCAUCUCUGUCUUGGUUGCAGAUGGGCAAAUGAGCAAUGCCAACGGUCUUGUAAACCUUAGCGUCUGCAAGAAGAACAUGGGCAACUUUGAAACGUCGGACUAUGUGGAUUUCGUGAAACACUUAAUCGCAUCACCACUCCAGCCGAGCGGAUUUAUUGCCGAUCCUUCCAGAAUUGCAGUCCUUGGGUGGUCCUACGGUGGGUACGCGACGCUUCUAGCGAUGUCACAGGCGCCAGAUGUUUUUAAGCUUGGUUUCGCUGGUGCACCAGUGGCUGACUGGACGCUUUAUGAUACAGGUUACACGGAGCGAUACAUGGGUGAACUUUACGAGGUUGAUGCUUGCGCCGGGGAGAACCCAAAAAGGAACGUCAUCAGCAGAGCGUACACGAGGAGUGCAAUCAAAGAGUUUGUUACCGGAUUUCCAGAUGAUCUGAAUCGCUUGUACAUCACCCAUGGCUUGCUGGAUGAAAACGUUCACUUCGCCCACACCUGUGCACUCAUCAACGCCUUGGUUAACGCAGGAAAGCCAUUCAGUAUUCUUGCCUACCCGGGGGAACGACAUGGACUGCGACAAAACAAAAUCUCUUCCCAUCAUCAUGAAGCGAUGGUAACCAAAACAUUAGUGGAAACAUUGUGA